AUGAGAUGGGGGAUGAUGGAUGGUAUUUGGUACAAUAAUAAUGAGAAUAAUCGUGGAUGGACAGAAGACAGUACAACAAGUAGCAGCAGCAGCACUAAUAAACAGCAACAGAACCAACAGCAACAAAAUUUAACAACAUCAUCCGAGGAGCAACAGACAUCAUCAUCAAGUGGUAUUAAAAAAGAAUCUUCGCAAUUAAUUUCGCAGAGUAGUUUUGAUCAGCAACAAGCACAACAGACAAAUAUGGGCAAGCACGAAAUAAAACGUGGAAUAUCACAUCGUUCAUCAGAUGCUAGUGAGUAUUAA